GUCAUCAAAAGCAAAGGCAAAUCAAAAGCCAAUGAUGUCACCGAAUGUCAUGAUGUCAUCAGCUACCUCUGAUCUUGGUUACCUUCCCCGGGUCCAGACUUUGAAUCUGCCCAUUUCACCAAGUAGAGUGAAGCCGAGUAGAAGCAGUUGACAAUUCUGUCUGAGACCUGCUACUUGUUAUUGAAACAGGAUCAAGUUUUCUGUGGUUUUAUUACUUAUAUUGAGUAAUUUGAUUUGCAUUAAGUACGAUCCAACCCCAACCAAAACUAUGUCAUACUUAAACAAAGACUCAAAGGUCCCAAAAGCCCCCAUGUAUGACCAGAAGGAACCAAAGCGUACGCCCUUCGUAUAUGGACGACGUCUCGUUCCCAUCGUCCCCCAAACAGGCCGGCAGUACGCACCUGUGCCAGAAUACUACGGUCAACAUAACCUAAGACAACAAAAUACCAACAUAGAUAAACAACAAAGGGUAAUGGCUGCACCACAAAACCCCAGUGGCAUUCUGCCCAGGGCUGACUGGGAAAGAAUCCAGUCUUCGUUAAACCAGCCCAAGGCCAAAAUGUCCACCAGGCAAGAAAUGGUGGACAGGAAUGCUGAGCGUCAGUUCUCUAGAGUAGAGAACAAAAUCAUGAAAGGCAAAAGAGGAGGGAUACAAGCAGCAAUUCAGCUUGAGAGGCAGACAGAGAAGGCGUACUUUGAUGAGAUCGCUGCAGAGGAGACUGACUUUAAGAAACAGAAAGUGCAGGAAGCUCUUGCAGACGCUAGGACAAAGAGGCUUCACCAGGAUGGCUCCGUCAGAACAUUUAACAGUGCCAUCUUAAGGACACAGAUGCAGACAGAGAAUGAGCUACUCAUAGGAUUAAAAAAAGAAAAACAAGGAUUUGCUGAGGAACGAGAAAGACAGUAUGUCAUGAAGAUGAGGCGUAGAGAGGAGGAAGUUCUGAUUCAAGAGCAGAAGAAAGCUGCUCAGAAACAGACUAACAUCCAGUCUGUGACAAACUAUCGCAGUGAGCAAAUCAAGAAGAAGCAACAGCUGAGAGAAGAAGAGAGACAGAAGGAGAAGGAAGAGAGAGAUCAACUCCGGGCCCUUGCGGCCUUGCAUGAACAGGAGCUAAGACAUGAGCAAGAGAAAAAAGUGGAGUCAAAGAAAAGACUUUUGCAUCUUCGACAAAGGGAGAUCUCCAGUAAAAUCCUUGACGGAGCAAAGGAGGCCCGGAAAGUGGAGGAGGACAAAAGACAACGUGUUCAGGUUGACAUGGAAGAAAAGCUGCAGCAAAGAAAAAUGGACCAAGCUGAAAAGUUCCAAAAGCUUCAGGUACCAAAACAAAUUGUUUAUCAAAAACUGGCAGCCAGUAAAAAGAAGCAGGCUGCCACGUCGAGCCGUGAGGAGCUGGAGAAAUUAGCCAGGGCAACGGCUGAGAAAGAUUCUAAAGUAGCCAAGCAGCUAAAGGACAAGGAGGAGAGUAGGGCUGCAAUGCUCAAGACUAUUGUUAAUCACAGACACAAAAAGGUAGAGGAGAAAGAGCAGAAGACGAAGGAAGAGCAACAGAGCAAACUGGACUGGUGUCAGGCCCACAAAGUGUCUGACAGGUUGUUUCUAGAAGAGAAGAAACAAAAGGCUCAGAGGAUCAACGACAAUAACAUCAGUUGUCGAGGCACCAAUGCCAGCCUGACGGCUGAAAAACACGCCCGUCUCCAACAUCUGGAAAGACAGGAUCGGGAAGCUGCACGAAAGCAAGCAGAGCAGAUUGCUGAGGAGGACAAACUAGUCCAGCAGUACGUCCAACGUGAACUUAACAAGGCUGCAGACCGAGAUGUUCAGCAACUUUUAGCUGCAAGCACAGGAAGGCGUGGUGUCCUUUCUAAGAGGGGGGAGCCCAGCUACUUUGGUGUAAGAAGUGAAGAACCAUUGCCCAGAUAUGGUACUGACCAGACGCGCUUUAUAAAACGUUAUCAGGAGCGCAACGGCCUGCAGCUCAGCAUGGAUACGGAGCCCGUACAUCUGCCCCCCCUUACCAGAGCAGCCCAGCUGAAGUCAGCAGAGAAAGGGUCCCGCUACCUUUCAAAAUCUACGUGUGUAGCAUUGCCCAGACUGAUUUAAAUUAAACAACGCCAGGAGUGCAACAAGCUGCUGCCAUGGAGGCCUUAAAUGACCAGUCUACAACAUUCCUGUUUCACACAUCAUUCCUCUACAUUCCCUCCUUUUCCUCUCUCCCUUCAUUUUAAUUUCUUCAGGACAACAUAAGUGGUGAGCACUGACGUCUAACAGUCAGGUUCUGGUUGGUCCGGACCUUUCUGUGUGGCGUUCAUGUACUCCUCAUAUUUGAGUGUACGCCGGGUGAUCCGGUUUGCAACUGUUGGAAAUUUAUAACUAACUUUGUGUUCUGUUGGAUCUCUGAGGAAAAGAGGCUGAGGGUCUAAUUGAGAAUUAAGAAAAGGUUUAAUGCAACAGAAUGAUGAAGAUGAUAAGACCACGACAAUCAGACACAAAACAAACAUGAUAACACUGCAGCUGACAGCGGACUGGAUCCAUGCGUCCCCCAUGAUGGAGUCACAUGAAACCAGUCCUGAAUAUCCCUAAAUCACACUCAUUUAUGCCCUGCACCUGGGGGCAUUUCUUUUCACCUGUCACAUUCAAAUCUAUUCUCAUUGGUCCGCCGUCGUCAUGACAGCAUGCCGAGUGCAUCUUCGCUGUUCAAUGAGAAUAAACAUGCCGCUAAACUCUGCCCCUUUUGGGGGUCGCUUUUGGUUGCAGAGCAAAAGGUUCUGUCGUGUAAAUGUGAAACUCUAACAUCAACAGUUUAAUCAGCAUUGUAUUGUCUUAGCCUAGACUAAGACCCCAGGGGACAGGAGACAGCAAGCUCCCUCCUGGUGUUGUAGCAGGAAGCUCCUUUCCAUAUGUCAAUGCCAGACUUGACCAGAUCAAUUUCAUCAAUCACAUUCUACAAAUAUCAUUAUUUUAAAAUAUACAACCAAAAAAUGAUAUACUGUGAUGGACUUUCAUUUUCAUUUAACACUUCCCAAACAUUUUUUUUUCAGUGGCAAGAAAAAGUGAGUGAACCUUUUGGAAUUUAAUAGUUUUCUGAAAAAAUUGGUCAUAAAAUGUGUUCUGAUCGUCUAAGUCGAGGGUAUUGACCAACGUGUCUAAAAUAAUAAAUUCUGAUGUUGCAUGUCUUUAUUGAACACACUCAUUCAACAUGGCAGCUGAAAAAGUAAGUAAAGCUUUAGAAUGACAGUUUUCCUCAGUCGCUUUGGUGCAUGUCUCACAUCACUAUUUACAUUUGCACAACAGUUAACACACUUCUCAAAACUAUUAGUCCAAACUGCAAAACCUAGUUGAUAACCACUUGCUCAAAAUGGAUAGCUCAUUCCUCAAAAGCAAGUAUCUGUGUCAAUGAAAGUGUCAUCAAGAUGAAAAGUGCUGACACUAUUGUUUAUGAACAUGAUAAUGGCUUUGUCACGUUUUCAUUAUGACAGUUUACUCUGUAAAUGGUUUCCAAUGAUGAUGGUGACACUACCUGAAAAUGCUCAAGACAGCACUACACACUAUUUGCACAGCCAUUUGAAAACUACAGUAAAGUUACACAUCCGUGUAUUUAGUGAUGUAUUUAGUGAUGUGAGUAUAAGACACAUAAUAUGUAUAUUUCACUUUUCUACUGCAGAUGUUCUUUGCAUUUCUAAUGUGUUCACAGCAUUGUGCAAAAGAUAAAAUACAUCCUUAUUUACAACAGACUGUUACGUGUGAAACUGAAGUAGAACCCAAGUGCAGACAACAACGCAGAGCCAAAUGAACGGUUUAUUCCUAAAUCAAGGGUAUUGACAAACGUGUCUAAAAUAAUAACAAAUUCUGAUCUUUCAUGUCUUUAUUGAUCACACUCAUUCAACAUUCAAAAUGGCAGUGGAAAAAAUAGGACAGAUAUGUCGUAAACCGUUUCUAUCUGAGCAUGCACAACUAACAUCUACACUUGACCGGAGCCGUCUCGACUCUCAUCGGGUAUGACCAUAGACCAGAGAUCUUCAACAGGGGGUCCGGGACCCCUAUGGGGUCCUCAGAGUUACUGCAGGGGGGCCUCCAAAUUUCUGUUAAUUAAAAAAAAAAAAAAAGGUUUGUUUUUAAUUAAAAAUGAACAUGAAUCCAACAUAUUAUUAGCAAAUAUAAUCUACAAAUCUGCAAAUAUGUGUAUGGAGGUAAAAAUGGUGCAA